GCGGACGUAAAACGGAAAUGAGUAGCAGCAAUUCUUUCUAGAAAGUACAGUCGCCCCAUUAGCCGAUGCUAGCUAGCUUAAUGUUAGUCUGUGUUGGCUGAACACCGCCCGUCGCUGCCCCGACCAACAACUACACAUCCUGUAGAAAGUGAAGCUUUCGCCUGAGGGCUGUUUUUUUCUGACUGAAUCCCCGGUGGAGGUCGGAUUUGCCCACGAAGUCACAUUCCGAGCUAACGCCGCUUGUGCUGUGUUGUCGCUGGCAUCAUGUCCAGGAUAGACUACAGUGUGUGGGACCACAUCGAGGUGUCAGACGAUGAAGAUGACACCCACCCGAACAUCGACACACCCAGUCUCUUCAGAUGGAGACACCAGGCUCGGGUGGAGCGAAUGGAAGAGUACCAGAGCAAACAAGAAGACUUAAACAAGGGAGCCGCGGAGAGUAAACGCAAGCUUUCAGAGGCCCAAAAGAAAGUACAGGAGCUGACCAUUUCAGAAACAGACGAUGCCAAAGCAGAGCUGAGCAAAGCCCAGGUGGAGGAGAAGAAGCUGAAGAAGGAGGCGCGGGAGUGGGAGAAGAAGAGGGAUGAGCACACCAGGGACGAGAAGAAGAUGCCAUGGAACGUGGACACGCUCAGCAAGGAGGGUUUCAGCAAGAGCGUUGUUAAUGUCAUACCUGACUCUACUGAAGCGACUGAAGAGGAGAAAGAGCAAAAGCAUAAAACCUUUGUGGAGAAAAAUGAAAAGCAGAUCAAACAUUUUGGCAUGAUGCGACGCUGGGAUGACAGCCAGAAGUACCUCUCUGACAACUCUCAUCUUGUAUGUGAGGAGACUGCUAACUACUUGGUCAUCAUGUGCAUUGACCUUGAAGUUGAGGAGAAACAUGCAUUGAUGGAGCAAGUGGCUCAUCAGACCAUCGUCAUGCAGUUCAUUCUAGAGUUGGCCAAAAGCCUCAAGGUGGAUCCCCGCGGGUGCUUCCGUCAAUUUUUCGCCAAGAUUAAGACAGCAGAUCAGCAGUACCAGGAAGCUUUUAAUGAUGAGCUGGAGUCAUUUAAGGAGCGAGUUCGCAGUAGGGCAAAGAUCCGCAUAGAAAAGGCCAUGAGGGAGUAUGAGGAAGAGGAACGACAGAAGCGCCUUGGGCCAGGAGGGCUAGAUCCUGUCGACGUGUACGAGUCCCUGCCAGCAGAGAUGCAGAAAUGCUUUGACGAUAAGGACAUCCAGAUGUUACAAGAUGUUAUUAGCAAAAUGGACCCAACGGAGGCGAAGGCUAUCAUGAAGAAGUGCAUAGAAUCGGGGCUCUGGGUCCCCAACUCCAAGACAGACGAUGGGGAUGAAAAAGAGGGGGAUGAAAAAGAGGAAGAUGAAAAAGAGGAAGAUGCCACCUAUGAGGAGGUGAAACAGGAGCAGGAAGAAGCUAAGAAGGAAUGAUCAAUGUUGAUGUUACGAUUUGUUGCUCUUGCAAAUGUUCUUACCCACUGUAUUGCAGCUCCGUUAUGUGUAUGACUAGUUUGCCAACCAAGGAUCAAUGAAAUUUCUUCUCUGAAAUAUUAAGAUGAGUUUUAAGGGAUUAAGCCUUCAGUGAACAUCAGUAACUCCUGCUUGGAAAAUAAACUGCUGCUUGUGUUUAGGUCUUUUAUUUGUUUGGACGUCACUAAAAUUUGUAUUCUUGCAUUUGUGUGUCUACACCUGUUGAUUUUUCUACCUGCUUUAUAAGUUUUAGUUGGGAAAAUAUUCAAUACAUUGUCAGGGGCCUGUACUUCAAAGCAGGAUUUGUAGUUUAAGAGGGAACUUCAGUUUUAAUAGUGAUUUUUUUUUUUCAGUGUAAUGAAGCUAGUUCACUUCAGACAGGGGUAAAUCAUCAUGGUAACCUACGCUGCACCUCUGAUCUUCUCUGGAGCAGAUUAAGUCUGAGAUAACUAGAAAACCAAAGGCGUCAUUCUAAAGGAUCCUGAAAGGGACUAAAGAGUUUACAAUCAAGUGAUACAUAAUAAAGAGCAAUGCAUCAUCUCAUCGAUUUGAAUCAUUUUACUGAUCCAGACUUUAUUCGUGUCCACUCUGGUUUUAAUACGGCUUCUAACAGGGAGUCUAUCACACUGAAUCAUGAACAUGACUAUUACAGCUUCAUUUUAACUCGGCAAAAAAAAAAAAAAGUUUCAUUCCUGUCGGUGUUGAUGCUUUAAACUGUUAUUCUGUCGCUGCUGCUCGAAACCACAUGAGAAGAAAUAAAAUCAAAACCCUCUGGUGUGUUUUGGUGGGAAAACUCCUGUUCAAUAUUCCAAUGAUUGUAAAAGAAAAUUUGAGUCCAAUUGACCUCAUCACACAUUAACUAGUUUUCUUUUCUUCUGUCUGCUUUGGCAACAGUGUUCAUCAGACAAUUAAAGGAGAAAUACUCAGUAAGAAACUUAAUAAAAUGAAUGUGCUGAUAAACAGUUUAUCCUUAAACUUCCUUUUACAUUCAUAAUUUAUUUCUAGCGCAUUUCUACUUAAGUAAUCCUGUUGUUUACAUUUCCCCUUGUUAAAUGGCACUUUUGAAUGGGACCAUAACCAAUUUUACAUGUCAGAAUUUCCUCUUGUGUGAUAUAAAGUACUUUAAUCAUGGUUGUGGUAAGUGACCCCUGGUGUUGCCUGAACCAGUUCAUUACCAGUUUAUAGUACAUGUUAUCAAGGACUUCCGAUGUUAGGCUCAGUGAAGCCAAAUAACUAAACAUUGUUCUGGGUGUGUUGAACUUGCUUUGUUGUACAGGCCCUGUGUUGUGCAUAUGUUUUUCUUUGUCAUUUCCAAAUUCAAAUUUUUUUUGUUUGACUUUCAGGGUUUUGAGAUGUUAAUUUCCCCCAAUGUGACAUUUUCUACUAACUUGCUUAACUAAAGGUUGUAUUAUGUCCUGCUA